AUGUGUUAUGAUAAAAAGUCCUUAGCCACGAGAAAUUCGCUUUUGUUUGCUGGAUCACUGGUAAGUUCUGCAUUUGGUGGGUUAUUAGCUGCCGCUAUUUUUCAAAUGGAUGGGUUGGGAGGUGUGGAAAGAUGGAGAUGUUUGUUUAUCAUCGAGGGCGGUGUUACUGUUGGCAGUGAAGAAUAUAAAAAUGUGGAUGGUCUAUGGUCAAGUCAGUUUUGUUGGUUGUUGGUUGUUGGUUGUUGGUUGUGGGAUUGUCAACUUUUUCCCUACAAUCGUACUAUUCCAUUGUGCUUGACGGCUCCACCAUUUGUCUUAGCUGUGCCCGCCUCUUACUUUUGGGCUAGACAUGCUGAUAAGACCGGCGAAAGAUCAUUCCACGUUGGGCUUCCAAUGUUUCUCGCUACUGUUUCAUUCAUCAUACUCAUUGCCACAACAAACUUUGGAGCCAGAUAUUUCGCUAUGGUUUUGAUGAUGCCUAGCUUAUUCACAGCAUAUGUUCUUGUAAUAACAUGGAUGUCCAAUUCGUGUCCCAGAUCACCGGCAAAAAGAGCAGUUGCAAUUGCAUUGAUGAUUGGCUUGAGUAAUUCGCCAUAUGCAUGGGCGCCAAUCUUGUACCCAUCAUCAGACGGACCACGUUAUACCAGAGCAAUGGAAUGUAAUACUGGGGCCCCUGUAUUGGGAAUGGUUUUGAUAUUGUUGUUGAGGUUAAGGUUGAUACAAUUGAAUAAAAAAGAUUGCAAAUGA